GCCUGUCAAUUUGGGAUGGAAAACGGCGUUUUGAUGCUUUUUUGGGGUGCCGUAACGCUUCUCCCCCAUCCUUCCUCCUGCAGGAUCUUCAUCAUCUGGGCCAUCAGCAGCUGGUUCCGCCGCGGGCCGGCCCCGCAGGAGCAGAGCAGUGCUGGGGGAACGCCGCGAGCCCCCAGCCGAAACCUCUUCCCCAAGGACACUUUAAUGGACCUCUAUGUUUAUAUCUCGGAGCACGAGCACUUUACAGAUUUCAACGUCAGCUCCGCGCUGUUCUGGCAGAAACGGGACCUGGUGUACGGAGACUGGACCAGUGGGGAGAACGCUGACGGGUGCUACGAACACUACGGGGAGGUGGACAUCUCACAGAGCGUCCAGCAGAACGGCUCCAUCUACAUCCACGUCUACUUCACCAAGAGCGGCUUCCACCCCGACCCCCGGCAGAAGAACCUCUACAGGCGCCUCGCCACGGUCCACACAUCACGGAUGAUCAACAAAUACAAACGGCGGCGGUUCCAGAAGACCAAGAACCUCCUGACUGGGGAGACGGAGGCGGACCCAGAGAUGAUCAAGAGGGCGGAAGAUUACGGUCCCGUGGAGGUCAUCUCCCAUUGGCACCCCAACCUGACCAUCAAUAUGGUGGACGACCACACGCCGUGGGUGAAAGGCAGCGUCCCACCGCCUCUGGACCAAUACGUGAAAUUCGACGCCAUCAGCGGCGAUUAUUUCCCCAUCCUCUACUUCAACGACUACUGGAACCUGCAGAAGGAUUACUUCCCCAUCAACGAGUCCCUGCAGCGCCUGCCCUUCCGCCUCUCCUUCUGCCCGCUGUCCCUGUGGCGCUGGCAGCUCUACGCCGCUCAGAGCACCAAAUCGCCCUGGAAUUUCCUGGGGGAGGAUCUGUACGAGCAGUCGGACGAGGAGCAGGACUCCGUCAAGGUCAGGGCACCAAAACGCCGCGGCUGUGCUCUCCGACCCGAGUUCGUUAUGCCGGCUUCCAAUUAAUGACUUCCGUCCGUC